AUGCAACGAGCCGCUGGUCCAACUCCCGAGACGACCGACCCGAGCGAUGUUGAGAAACAACAGCAAUCCGAUAGCUCUGAAGACCGCUCCGACUUCAAGCCCAAGAUCCCCGACAGUGCCAGCUUCUCCGAUCGUAUAGCACACUUCACAUGGCCAUGGUUUGCCUGUCCAAUGUCCACAGGAGCCCUCUCCAUCGUCCUGGCCAACACGCCCAAUCGCUUCAAUGGUCUGGAUACCAUCGGAACCAUUUUUUUCAUCCUCACCAUCAUCCUCUUCCUGCUAUUCACCACUUUCAUGACACUCCGCGCAAUCUGGUAUCCCAAGCGGUUCAUCGGCUCCCUACAUCACCCUGUGGAAGGUCUCUUCUUCGGCUCCUACUUCGUCACAGUCUCCCUGAUCCUCAACGGCACGCAAGCUUACGGUGUUCCAAAUUGCGGUCCCUGGCUCCCUGAUGCGCUGCGAGUGUGCUAUUGGCUGUACUGCGCAGUGGUUCUCAUCGUCGGCGUGGGGCAGUACUACGUCUUGUUCCAGGAAGAACGGCUCAAAAUCACAGACGCGGUGCCGGCUUGGAUCUUCCCAAUCUACCCUCUGCUUGUUGUCGGACCAAUGGCGGGCACAAUGAUCCCAAGCCAGCCGGUUAGGCAAGCAUUCGACAUGUGGGUGGGAGCGGUAAUGCUUCAAGGCUUGGCCUGGACGGUGGCGUUGAUGAUGUACUCGCUGUACACCCAGCGAUUGAUGACGGGUGCUUUGCCUUCUCCGCCUACUCGGCCGGGAAUGUAUGUCAGCGUCGGGCCGGCGGGAUAUACAGCGGCAGGGCUGAUUUCACUGGGAAACCAGGCGAGGCGAGUGCUACCGGCGAAUGCGUUCAAUGUGAAUAACAUUGCGGAUGGAGAUGUGGUGAGGAUCGUGGGAAUCAUGGCUGGCACGUUCAUCAUCAUUUUCGCGUUCUGGUUCUUUUGCAUCAGCACCGUUGCGGUCAUUUCUGGAGUGAGGAGGAUGACAUUUACGCUGAACUGGUGGGCUUUCGUCUUCCCAAACGCAGGACUCACACUCGCAGCGAUUCAACUCGGCAACGUCUACAACAGCACUCCAAUCAAUGGAAUCUGCAGCGCCUUGACAAUCGCAUUGGUGGUUAUGUGGCUCAUAUGCGCCGUGGCACACAUCCGGGCCAUCUGGUACGGUAGCAUCAUGUGGCCCGGCAAAGAUGAGGACAAAGACGUCAACAUGGGCUGGGGCAAAUUUUCGGCUUGA